AUGAAUGAGUUGACGAUCGUGUCGGGGUCGACGCUGAGGAACGGUUUUUUUGACUCGAAACCGUUACAUGUAGCGUUGUUGAAACCGAGAAGCAGGGGUGUGCCGUGGUUGUGCAGCAGCGUGCUCGCACAAAUGUUUCGAUGGAAGAUCCCCGCAGCCGCAAGGGUGAUGACGAGCUCGAGUGACGAGGCGGUGAAGCACACGACAUAG